AUGAGUUCCAUGCUGAAGAAGACCGGUGGCCUGUCCUUCAAGCCCAAGGCCGGCCGCCGCCCCGGAGCUGCCUCUGCCUCGCAGCCCGCUCCGUCCCAGACCACCUCGCGGGCCCCGACCACUGAGCCAGCUGCCCAUUCGGCCACGUCUACACCAGCACCCGCCGCUGCUCCCGCUCCGGCGCCUACGCCUCCUGCUUCUUCCUCAGCUUCCGCUCCUGUUGUCGCCAGCGAAACACAAGUUCCCCGGCAGCAGGAGAAACAGCCUUCUGCAGAACCCCAGCAGGAUGUCCAGAGCGCAAGAUUUGACAAGCCACCCGCUGCAACCACACGGCCGCCUCAACCCACCGCACCGGCUCCUACACCUCCGCCUACUUUACCAGCCGUCCAGUCAGCAUCCUCAGAGCGACAGGCGCCAGCUGCCAGUAUACCCGCAAGUUCCGCCACCAGGAUACAGGAGAGCGUGUCAACCCCAGCCAGCAGUCCGCCGCCUACCCAGUCAUCGACCUCCGGCACGGGGGCCUCCGAGCCCGCAUCACGACGUCCGCUCCCCGAAUCAUCACCCGCAAUCCCACAGUCGGCUCUACCCGCUGCCCCGAAAGUAGCGCCAACGGCCCCCGCACCCGCACCUUCUGCGCCAGGUUUGCCGAGCCCUGCCGUCACAGCGAUAAGCCGCACGUCUGCAGCACCGGGACGAUCACUCUUGUCUCCAUCUCCCUUUCCCGUCUCGGACACCAUCAACGCGGCGCCCACCCCGGACCAGUCCCAGGCCAACAGUUCGGGCGAGACAGGCCCCCCAGCUGCAGCUCCUAAGCCGAAGCGACGAUAUCAAAGACGCCCGCAGCCAGAAGAUGGGGAAGGUGCCUCGAAUGGGGAGGGCGCAACUGCAGCGCCCAAACCAAAGCGCCAGAGGAAGCGCAAAGCCCCGGAAGCCAAUGGACAAGGCGGUGGUGAGGUGACUACGGACGGAGAGGCAGCAGCAGCAUCGGCACCGAAACGCUACCGCCGCCGCCAGCGCGAGCCGACCCCGGAACAUGACGAGGACGGAAAGCCGAACCAUGCAACGACCAAACUGGCCGACUUGACCAGGGACCUGGGUAUCGGAAAGGCGUUCAAGCAUGCCGACCUGAUUGCCGAGCGCGCACGGCAAGCCCGCCACGAGGCCAAGAUGAGAAAGCUCGAGAAGCAGAAGCGCGCCAUGGGCCUCCUUGCACCCGGGGACGCGGCCAGCGAGGCGGCCUCGCGCGCGGGGACACCUGCCGCGGCCGCGGCCGCCGAACCCGCCAAUGUCAACCGUGGCCAGGGUAUAGAUUUCGACAUUGUGGACGGCCAGAUCAUCAUCAACCAGAACUCGCUCGUCAUCAACCAGCACGCCGCCGAGGGCCAGAUCGAGAUGGAGACGGUCGAGGAGGACGAGUUCACGCACCUGACGACGUCGGCCUCGUACAUGCGCCCGUCGCGCGCCAUGGGCUCGAACCACUGGAGCGACGAGGAGACGGAGCGCUUCUACCACUACCUGACCAUGUUCGGCACCGACUUCGAGACCAUCAGCCACGUGUUCCCGGGCAAGAACCGCCGCCAGGUCAAGCUCAAGUUCAACCGCGAGGAGAAGGCCCGCCCCAACCGCAUCAACGCCGCCAUCAUGGCCCGCUCCCAGAAGAAGGUCGCCAUCGACCUCGACGACUACAAGGCCAACCGCGCCGCCUCCGCCGCAGACGACACCUGGAUCACCCAGGAUAAGUUCCUGGCCGAGACGGAGCAGCUGCGCAAGGAGCAGGAGCGCGAGCUCGAGGUCAAGAGGCAGGAGCGCCGCGACCUCGGUCUGCUGGACGACAAGCCCGCCACUGCCACCGACGAGAAGCCCGAGGGCGAGCAGGUGGUCGACGGCGAUGGCGAGGAGGGUCAGGAGGAAGAGGAGAUCAUAGAGGACGAUGCCGACGUUGGCGGUGCGGCCGAGAUGAUCGCCGCCUAG